AUGAUCGAUGCCACUGAAAAGACAGAAACACCAGAGAAGUCAGCUGCUAUUGUAAUAGAGGAGAGUGGGAGCCCCGUAACGAUAUUGGAAGAAACUAUGAAUCUGAAUGAGUUUAAAAGCGUAAACUUAACGGCAGAUACUGAAAUGAAAGAGUACAGUGAUGAGAAGAAGCCAAGUGAUGUGACAAUCCGAAGGGAUCGAAAUGAAGAGGCUGAAAGUGGGAAGUCGGAGAUUAUCUACACUCAGGAUCUUAUUGUUAGUGAUUUGCGACUAAUGAGAAAUGUUCGGUCUACAGGAGAGGAAGGAGUAGUUGACUUCAAGCGAUUCAGAAAGGGACAUGUUACAUCCGGAAACAGCUUCAGUAGCCUAAUACCUUUCGCCAAGGAUCCAUACAAAGAGUACGAUAGCGGUGAAGUGGCAGAGUUUGUGAAAGAAGAGAAGAAGAGGAAGCAGAGGGAAGCCGUUGCAGAGGACUUGUUUAUCAAUGAAAAGGCUGGAAAGCGUGCAAAGGCUGGUGGUUCCAUUCGCGAGUUUCUCACUCGAAGUUGA